UCAAUACUUGGCCUAAACUUCCUCCCAUUUCUGAAGCAAACACAUUCAUCAACUUCUCCCAAUUUCUAAAACAAACACAUUCAUCAUGAGUUCCUCAGACUUCUCAUCGUCUGGAGGAGAAGAAGAGAUGGAAGAGUUGAAUAUGUUUCACUAUGACCGUUUAGCUUUAAUCGGAAGGAGGCUUGAUGAAGCUUCAUCCUCACGUCGUCUUUCAACAGUCGCACUUAUAUUGAUCGUGAAAGGGUUUCAGGUCAUGACCGUCUUAUGCAGGAUUACUUCAAUCCAAAUCCAACAUACGAUGCUCGCAUAUUCAGAAGGCGUUUUCGUAUGCAACCACGACUAUUUAGUCGCAUAAUGGGUGACGUUGUGAGGUACGAUCCCUCCUUUGAACGAAGGAGUGAUGCUGUUGGUCACUCAGGCCUAUCGCCAGAGCAAAAGCUUACUAGUGCACUACGCAUGCUAGCUUAUGGCUCUCCAGCUGAUCAACUUGAUGACUACAUGCGUAUGGGUCGGAGCACUGUACUGGAAGUCUUCAGGAAGUUUUGCAGAGCCAUUGUCGGGAUGUACUCGUCAACAUACCUUCGUGCACCAACUCGGGCUGAUUUAAGGAUCCUACUUCGUAAAGGCUCACAACGCGGAUUCCCUGGUAUGAUUGGGUCAAUUGAUUGCAUGCACUGGGAGUGGAGGAACUGUCCUACUUCUUGGACUGGGCAGUACUUGGGGCACAACCAUAAACCAACAAUCAUUCUCGAGGCAGUGGCUUCAUACAACACCUGGAUAUGGCAUGCUUUUUUCGGCGUACCUGGGUCGAACAACGACAUCAAUGUUUUGGGGAUGUCUCCAGUGUUCGACCGUAUCCUCAAUGGAUCCGCUCCACGAGCACGAUUUGAGGUAAACGGUCAUACCUAUGAUCAAUGUUAUUAUUUGGCUGAUGGUAUUUAUCCUUCGUGGUCAACUUUAGUGAAAACAUUUAGCAAUCCAAGCUCAAACAAAGAAGCCUUGUUUGCUCGAUGUCAAGAAGCACAUCGUAAAGACGUAGACCGGGCCUUUGGAAUUCUUCAAGCUAGAUGGGCAAUCGUUCGUGGCCCUGCGAGAUCUUGGGAUGUUGCCACAAUAAAUGAUAUAAUUUUGACAUGCAUUAUAUUGCACAACAUGAUAAUCGAAGAUGAGCAGGUUGAUUCUGACGAUGAAAUGGAAGAUAGUCUUGAUUAUGAGGUCCAUGACCAACAACCAACUAAUGUCAAUAGAGAUAUUCCAACCCUAACUGAGUACUUGGCUAGAAAUAAUAGGCUUCGUGCUGCACCAACACAUCAUGGGCUUCGUCAAGACUUGGUUGAGCAUAUUUGGAACUUGCAUGGAAAUAAUUAGUCAUUGUUGUUGCUUGAAAUCGAUCCUUUGUAAUUCAAUUAAAGUUGUAGUAGGUGAUAAUUUGCUUUGUAUUUCAAGAACAAAUUUUUAUUUCAAUAAUAUAUUUUCCUUUCUUAGUUCACUCUAGUUUUUGUUUACACACAACCUCAAGAUGAUAAACAUAAAUUUUAAAUAAAAUGAAUUCAAUUUAAAUCA